AUGAGCAAUAGUACGAAUCCAACGUAUCCCCUCCUCCCCGUUUUUUCCUGCUUGACUUUCUUCCUUGUUCUCAUCCCCUUCCCAUGGCACCUGCAAGCAUGGAAUGCAGGCACUUGCGUCUAUAUGUUCUGGGGAGGUAUUUCGUGUCUCAUCCAAUUUGUGAACUCUAUCGUCUGGCACAACAACGUAUUGAAUGUCGCGCCUGUAUGGUGUGAUAUCUCAACGAAACUUUUCAUCGGAGCCAGCGUUGGCCUCCCUGCCUCUGCUUUGUGUAUUAGUCGCCGAUUGUAUACAAUAGCUGUCAUCAAAACCGUGUCGGUAACGCGUGAGGAUAAACGCCGUGCUGUCAUCGGUGAUCUCUGCAUCUCGAUCGGUAUUCCCGUCACAGUCAUGGCACUUCAUUAUAUUGUUCAAGGACAUCGUUUCGAUAUCCUUGAGGAUGUUGGUUGCUGGCCAGCAACUUACAACGUGAUACCGGCAUAUUUCCUGGUCUAUAUGUGGCCUUCAUUACUUGGCUGCAUUUCCUUUGUCUAUUCAGGCCUGACUCUUGCUGCAUUCUAUAAGCGCCGUCUGGAGUUUAAUUCCCUCAUAUCAUCGAACAACUCACUGAAUGUCAACCGUUAUGUCCGUUUGAUGAUGUUAUCGGUCAUCGAAAUGGUUUACACCGUGCCAGUUAGUAUAUAUAGCGUCUUUAUCUCCGGAUCGAGCCUACCCAUUGAGCCAUGGAUAUCUUGGUCCGAUACCCACUACAACUUCUCGUAUGUCGGCCUCAUUCCCGCCGCCGAGUGGACCAGCAAUUCAACCUACAAACAAUCCAUUGAUAUGACACAGUGGCUCUUUCCUGUCUGCGCCUUAAUGUUCUUUGCUCUCUUUGGCUUCGCGAACGAGGCGAGAAAGCAUUAUCGACUGUACUUCCUUUGGGUUGCAAAGCGCUUCGGCUUCAAUCUUACUGUAACACAGACACCGACCCCGCAUCCUCCCAGGUGGAAAGGCGCUAUCAAGUUCGCUGGAGACCUGCCAGUUGGUUCAUUGCCAAUUUACACCUCUCCUGCCCCUCCUCGGCUCAAACUCCGGUUA